CCAGUGAUCUACUUAGAAAGUGAUGGAGGGAGUUGUCAUGUAGUAUACAUGUAAGGUUUAAGAGUAUAGUUAAAGCAAGUGCAGUGAAACAGAAGGGUUUCAGUGAACUAGAGGAUACCAUGGCGGACAGUAAGCAUGAGUUACACGUCGGUAUAGUCGGUGGUGGAUUGGUAGGAUCUUUAGCUGCUUGUUACUUUGCCAAACGAGGACACUCCGUUUCUGUUUACGAAUAUCGUUCAGAUGUACGGAAAGAGAAAUUAAUGGGUCAGAGUAUAGAUUUAGCUUUAUCAACACGUGGACGAGAAGCUUUAAGAGCUAUAGGUCUUGAGGAUGCUCUUGUUAAACAACACGGUAUAGCUAUGAUAGGUAGAAUGUUACAUGGUAAAAAUGGCCAAUUGAAAGAAAUGAUUUAUGACAGUGUCAAGGGAAAUUGCAUUUAUUCUGUAAACAGACAAUAUCUCAAUGAAGUUUUACUCAACGCUGCAGAAAAGUAUCCGGAAGUAAAACUUUACUUUAAUUCAAAAAUCGUUGAUGCUGAUAUCGAUCAAGGAAAAUUAACAAUUUUGAAUAUGAAAAAUCAUACGACGGAAGAAGUAAAUGUUGAUUUAAUAAUCGGAGCAGAUGGAGCUUAUUCUACGAUACGUAAGAUCUUUAUGAAAAGGCCACUUUUUAAUUGCAGUCAGACAUACAUAGAACAUGGAUACAUCGAAUUAUUUAUUCCACCUGGAAAAAAUAAUGAGUUUUCAAUGAGCAAAAAUCAUCUUCAUAUUUGGCCAAGAGAUGACUUUAUGAUGAUAGCAUUGCCAAACGAGGAUCACAGUUUUACCGCUAAUCUCUUCGCACCUUUUAAAACUUUAAACAAAUUGAAAACGUCGGAAAGUUUGAUAACAUUUUAUACGGAACAAUUUCCAGAUUUUUUAGAAUUGAUCGGCGAGGAAAAAUUAAUAAAAAAUUAUUUCGAAAGAAAUCCGAAAACUUUAAUAUCGAUUAAGUGUAAACCAUUUCACAUGGGUAAAGCGGCUAUUUUGGUUGGAGAUGCCGCUCAUGCUAUGGUACCAUUUUAUGCUCAAGGAAUGAACGCUGGAUUCGAGGAUAUUCUAUUACUGGAUAAUCUAAUGGAAAAAUACAAUUCGAAUUUAAAUGAAGUCCUUUCAAAUUUUUCGGAACUUCGAUGUAACGAUGCAGAGGCAAUAUGUGACUUAGCAAUGUAUAAUUAUAUAGAGAUGAGGCAUUUAGUAACAAAAAAGUCUUUCGCUUUCCGUCGACGUCUCGAUAAUAUUUUACAUAAAUUAAUUCCGAAUACUUGGAUACCACUUUAUAGUACGGUACAUUUUACUCGUAUGAGUUUUCAAGAAUGUAUUGCUAAUAAAAAAUGGCAAGAUAAGGUAUUGCAAAGGGGUCUGUGGUGUAUAGGAUCAUUGUUAACUGCUAUUUUUGCUUUCUCCUUGUCGAAAAUUAAUUUCGAACAGAUAACAACGAUGAUUUAGAUUAAUUCGAAAAAAAAAUUAUUGCAAAAGGAAUUUCUUCAAAUAUCCAACUACUUUAUAAAAGAUAUGAUAUUUUAUAACUAA